UAGCAUCUGAAACUGGGAUAAAGUUUCCAAAGAAAUUAAGCAAAAAAACUUCCUGCGGGAGGAAAAGCCGUGCCAAAGUGCUCCUUCGGUACAAAGCGGCAUAUUCCGAUCGUUCCACUGAGGGUAAGAAAAGAGAGAAAGAGACUUCAUCGGACGCAGUCUUUCUGAAGAGGAUAUCGUUUUCAGCAAAGGAUUUUAAGGUGGAGGACGCUGUUUUGUCUAUGUCCUCUCAUUUCUUUAAAAAAGAAAUGGAAGAGAGCUCAAGUUCUCCAGUAUCCCCAGUGGAUAGCGUAGUGACCAGCGAGGAGGAGCUGGACAGGCAGCAGAAGCGGUUUGGGAGGAAGAGGACGCACAGUAAGAAGCCGAGCGAAGACGGCAGCCCGGGCUCCGUCAAGCGGGGCAAGAAGCCCAGUCCCAGCAGCACGCAGUCCUAUGAGGAGCUGCAGAACCAGAGGGUCCUGGCCAACGUCCGGGAGAGGCAAAGGACACAGUCUCUGAACGAGGCGUUCGCUUCUCUGCGGAAGAUCAUCCCCACGCUGCCCUCGGAUAAACUCAGCAAAAUUCAGACGCUCAAGCUAGCGUCUAGAUACAUUGACUUUCUUUAUCAGGUGCUACAGAGUGACGAGAUGGAUAACAAGAUGUCCAGCUGCAGCUACGUCGCCCACGAAAGACUGAGUUACGCUUUUUCCGUGUGGCGGAUGGAAGGCGCCUGGUCCAUGUCUGCGUCCCAUUAGCAGCGAAGGUGCUCAGCAAUGCCAGAGGGACUGUUUACUGCAAAAUCUGAAGAAAACGGAUUAAUGUUCAAGAACCAAAAAACCUCAAGGACACGUUGGAGAGACGCGCUGUGCCCUCGCCCUGCUCCGGACAUUCAUGGGACAAUCCUGAGAGCAGCAGAGCACCUCCGUGGAUCUGCAAGAGAACAUUUAAAUUUCUCCCCUUCCGUCACAGACAGUAAUUAAAUGUAUUCCCAUUUUAUUGUGCUGCCACACAGAUUGCGCCCUAAUCGGUGUUAUCCCUUAUAGAAAGGUACAUGAUUUUUUCAGGAAUUGAUUCUUUUUUUCUUCGAAAAGUCUUAUUGGCAUCCGUUUGUCUUUAAUUAUAUAUAAAUGUUUUAAUAAAAUUGUACAUACAUGUAGGUAUCAUGCAGCUUUUAAAGGGACGAAUGCAAUUUAGAUCGAAAUAUCUGAGCUACGCGAAAAACAUUUUCUCCAGCAUUACUUCCGUAUUCAAUCCAAUGUACAUGUUUUCUAAUUUAUUAAAGGAAAUAUUUUUAAACAAACCAAAGCAGUGAAUUGAUUUAUAUAGUAUAUAAGAUUAACUAGUGAACGAUGCUUUCCACUACAUUCUAUUCUGAUCUUAGUAUAGCUACGGUAUACUACGGCCUUUCGAUUUAAGAGGCGUGGUGGUCGGUGGUGCUGGGGGUGGGGGGAAGCGACGAUGCCUCUGAACUACAUGCAAUUACAUUUGUGAAUGUUUAGCAGGCUGAUGCAAGCGGUCUGGCAAUCAUUCAAAUAUCAUGUACCGGCAUUUUGUGACACUGAAACACACUAUUAAAGAUAAAAAUAAAAUGGAAA